AUGGACCAGUUCUUGCACGGUGACGGCUUGGUCGACGACAUCCUCGACGAAAUUCAGGCCAAUACUUCCACCGAUGGGUCGCGCGAAUUCGUUCAGCAGCCAGCCCCGAUCGAGCUGUACCCGCUAGACAGCCGCGUCAGCAACGGCUUCUCCAGCCUGCGCGUCGUCGACCUGGCGCGGAACAUAGGCGCCGGCGGCGCGUCUACCUACGCCGUGGAGGACAUGCUAUACGCCAAAUCAUGCGCGCUGGACAAGCAGAAGGUGUUCAAGUCGGCGGCGCUACUUGGACGCGGCGACGAGUUCGCUCUUAAGACUUCGGGAUACCGGCUGGGUAACCCUCCUGUCUACUUGAGAUUCUACAAGGAGCAGCAUUCCGAUGCUGCCGGGGCGCAUGAGAGGGAUGAGAACCUGCUGGGGCAGUCCAUCGACGAGAUGUUUAACAACAUCCUGGAGAGGCCCGACCACUCCCCCGCGCGACAGGGCUACGGGACCCGCGUUUUGGCGCGAAAGGUGAAACGCGGCGCGAGGGCUUCGAACUCCAACGAAAGCUGGCUCCUCAAGUACCAGCCUCGGUACUACUCGGACCUGCUUACCGAGGAGUCGGUCAACAUCGAGGUUAGAGAUUGGCACUUCCACGUGCAUAAACCGCAGGUGAUCAAUUGGCUGCGCCAAUGGAAGUGCAGCAGGUUAUACUCUGCUGAAAGAUCGCAAAACAAACAACCGUAUCAGCCAACACGAGGCGUCAAGCGACCGUAUAGAGGGGGUGGCACCGCAGAGGCGGGCAUGGAAAACGAGGAUCACCGCAAAAUACUGCUGUUGGGAGGCCCAGCGGGCGUCGGUAAAUCCACAGUCGUGAACGUGCUGGCGCAUCACUGCGGUUUCGACGUCGUGGAAAUCAAUGCCAGCGAAGAUCGCAGCAAAGCCAAAAUAUUGCCCGUAAUCAAGGGCGUUGUCACUGCCAACGCCAUCGCAAAGGACAAACCUAACCUGUGCCUGCUAGAGGAGGUGGACGGACUCCACGCUGCGGAGGGGCAGCUCAUCGGGGCUUUGAAGGACCUCAACCAGAAGAACAUGAUCAAGCGCCCAAUCGUGUGCAUUUGUAACGACUUGUACAACAAGAAUCUCAGAGAGCUCAGGCAGAUCUCGAAGGUCAUCGUCGUUGACUCGUGCGACGGCGAGGCGCUUCGGGAUCGCCUGCUCAAUAUCGCCAAACUUGAGGGUUACCGCGUCGACGAUCAGAUGGUCGACGACCUGAUAAAGCUUCACCAGAACGACAUCCGAAGCUGCAUCACUGCGUUAGAAUUCAUGAUCAAGUGGGUUCCUACCAUGAGCGCUGUUAACCCUGCUAACAGGAAUCCCGAACUCGCGCACAACCUGGACGCCUUUGCCAAGGACAGGAGCCAGGAUCUCAUUGCGUUCUUGCGCGAGCUGUUUGACCCCAAAACAACGCCGCAAUCGCUGCGGGACAAGGCCGAUGCCUUGUCCGCAGCAAUCGGUGAGCAGACGCUGUGUAACCUCGUCGUAGAGAACGUCACAAAGGUCGGAGCAAGGUCGCACUUCAACGCCGCCGCCCUGUUUGAUAUCAUGGCACAGGGAGACGUGCUGCACAACGCGUGGUGGAUGCAAGUCUCGCUCACCUUCGUCAAACUGAUGCAACUCAAGUCUGCUUUCAAGUUCAUCCUGCCCGGGUCGCUCUACAGCACCACGUACGGGCAGAAGGUGGCCAAGAGCGAAACGGUGCUCAAGGCGAUCCGUGGAGGUUCAUUGUUAGCAUCAACCGCGUUCUCAAGCAGCUUCGCUGUUCAGGUUGUCCCCGCACUGUGCACCAUCCUAACGUCGUCCCCCGAUAAAUCGGUCGCUUGGCCGAACGUUGCGCGGAGCAUCAGCGAGAUUGAUGUGCUGUGGGAGGCGUUCGCGCCACUGAAGGCCGGCGUUGUCAGCAGGCUCGCCAAGUUGGCCGUGCUGCUGCAGGUCUACGGGAUCACGGUGCUGGAGAUACAGGGCGCUUUGGCGUUGGAUCCUCCUAUUUUGGAGCUUUCAUGCGCUCAGGACGCCAGGCUUGGCCAGGAGUUCUGCAAGACACUGCAACAAAUGCUCAAACCCGGGGGGAUUGUAUCGCAUAGGGCGAACCGGCCAACUACACUGCAUGCCUACCUCCAGGAAAUAGGGCACUUGGGCUACGCAGCAUUCGCGCGCAAGUUCAGUGAGCAGGUGGAGGUUGGUGAGGAAAAGAAGGCGAAACUGUUGUGCCGAAAAAACGGCGCCCCCCUGCCUCCCAUCACGUUCGAACAGCUGCUGCAGCGUGAAUACGAACGAUACCAUCAGCUGGUGGCAGAAAAUGACUUCGAUAGCGACAUGAGAACAUAUGGGAUCUACAAGCACUAUGGCGAAAAGUGCAGCGCAGUAAAGUAUAUCGUCAACGAUAUCUAA